CUUUAAAGAAAGACACCUUGGUUACUUGGUUGCAAAGGCCGCACGAGCAUUUAGGAUGUCUGAGUUCUACUCCACUUUCAACGAGAUCAAGAAAGUCAACCCGAGAUGUGCCGACUACUUAAUUGAUCUUGGAUUAGGUCAUUGGGCAAGAUCUCAUUUCCCAGGUGCACGCUACAACAUCAUGACUAGUAACCUGGCAGAGUCAUGGAACGCAGUAUUGCGUGAAGCCAGAGAGUAUCCUGUGGUUCCGUUAAUAGAGUUCAUACGUUCUAAGCUAAUGUCAUGGUUCUCAAAGAGACGUCAGUCUCUCGAAGGUAAUAAUGCUGCCUUGGCUCCUAAGGUAUUGGAACUGCUUGCUGCCAGCUUUGAGUUGACAGGUGCAUUUGAGGUCAAGAAGGUGGACACCGGAGAGUACGAGGUGCGCGACACGAGUGGUGUCUCAUUCCUCGUAAACCUGCCUGAAAAGAGUUGCACUUGCUACCAGUUCCAGAUGCUUCGCAUACCAUGUUCACAUGCAAUUGCUUCAGCAAUACAAGCAGGGGUUAAUGUAGAAUCAAUGGUUGCAGACGUGUACAGCGUAGCAUUCAUGAAGUCUGCGUACAAGGGACAUAUAUUGCCUCCAAAAGAAUACGAGAUUCACUCGGAACUCUCUUCGGCAAUGGAAGCUCUCUACCUACAACCUCCUUCAACUAGGCGCCCACCAGGAAGGCCUCGUAAGCAGAGAUUCCUGUCCCGCGGUGAAGUGCGUAUGAAGAUAACUCGAAGGAAGACAGUGUGUAGCCGGUGCAAGGGGAUAGGUCACAACCGUGCUACAUGCAAGCAACCAAUAUGAUAUGAAUGCAGCUACAGAGGGGAUUGAAAGCAAACGGAGGUGUACGCAAAGAAGGUGGUUUAAUGGCAUGCGAAUAAAUGUUGACUUGUGUAAUAGAUGUAAUAUAUAAGUGAUGCAUGUUCUAGGCUUGGGUAUGGGGAUUUGGUUGUGCUCCGUAUUAUUAUCUUAAAUAAAGCU